AUGUCAGGAAGAAGAGGAACCAGAAAUACGAGAAAUACUCGAGGUAAUGAGAAUGGGGAAGCUCCUAAUUUUGCUGAGAUGAUGAGGUUGAUGACUGAGGCAAUGACAAACCAGACCACUAUCCUUACAGCUUUCAUGCAGAACCAUAAUAGGAAUCAUAAUGCGCCUCCGCCUCCGCCACCAGAUGGGAAUGUUGAUGGUCAUAUCCCACAAGGUGAUGGAGCCCAAGCGGCAUGGAUGAACCUGCUGGAGAAGUUCGUAAGGUUGAAACCACCCAUAUUUGAGGGUUCAACUGAUCCACUAGUUGUGGACAAGUGGAAGGAGGAUAUCGAGAAAAUAUUUGUAGCUAUGAGAUGUAUUCCUGUACAAAGACAACAAUUAGCGGUUUUCCAAUUGUCUGGUGAAGCAAGAAAUUGGUGGAAGAAUGCUUCUAUAGGACUGGAUGAAAAGACUCUUACCUACGCUGCAUUUUAUGAGAGGUUUGAUACAAGGUAUUUCCCUGCAGUCGUGAGACACAAGAAGAUUAAGGAGUUUGUUUAUUUGGAACAAGUGAAUCCUAUGCUCGUGGAUGAUUACCUCGAAAAGUAUAUCUCCUUGCAACGUUUUGCACAUUUCAUGGUUGUGGACAGUUCCAGAGCUACUGAGGCUUAUUGGUUAUGGCACGGAGAAAUUAGGGAAAUUUCUAAAGAAGAAAAACAAAAGCCUUUUAGUAACUCCAAGCAAGGGAACAAGUACCAGAAUCAAGGUAAUAGGAACAAGGGAAAUGGAGAUUUCCGAAGUGAUAGAAAUAACUCGGGUGGCUGGAAGAGACAAAUUUCUGAUUUUGUUAGCAAUACAAAUACUGGAACCGUUAAUGCCGCCACUUUUCCUAUUUACUGCUACAAUUGUUGGGAUGCUGGAAACAAGAGUUUUGAGUGCACUAAUCCGAGGCGUCAACGACCUAAGACAUCAUGCGACAACAAAUGA